AAAGCUCCUUUUUACAAAAAAGAUAAAUUACUGUAUCGAUCGUAUAUUAAGUGCCCUUACGUUUGACUAUCUUCUUUUUAUUCUUUUAUUCUUUUAUUCUUUUAUUCUUUUUUUCUAUAUUUCUAUCUGCGAAUAAUAUCAAUUAAUAAUUAACACUUCUUAUUUAUCCAAUGGCUCCUUACCCUCAGCCUUUAGCAUAUACAUCAAUGAUAAAGUUCACUAUUGACGGCCGUCCUAGUGUAGAUGAUAUUCAUGAGCUUUUCUCGACAAUGAUGGCCCAAAUUACACCAACAGUCAAUCGACACAUGCUUCGGUCUUACCCAAACACCUUUACAUCGGAAGAAGCUAUCAAGCAAUUGGGUUCUCUGACAUUUUCAAAACCUUCUAGUUACUCUAAUUUUGCUUCAUUCACCACAAUCACGUUUAACAUGGGAAGAGACAUGGCCAAGGCUCUACUUCAGCAAUUUCUCUGGACUCGGUUAAUUGAAAGCGCUAUUGAGCCUCAGAACCGCUCUUACCGUGAUAAAGGCCUCUGGAGGGUCAAAUCAAAAGGUUUAUGUGUACUUCAAGAUUUUUGCUCAAGGACAAAAUCAGACAUGUCUAUAUUUAAAAAACAUGUCAUGGCCGAUGCAGAACCGUUGUUCCUUAUCAGUAUUGAAAGACUGCCACACAAUGAUCGCAUUAAUCGCAAUCGAAGAUACAUGUCUUUUCUGUUUGCAAUUAUGAUAGCUAGCCUGCCACUUAAAGGUAACAACCGUGAAAGGCAAGGUGAACUUCCGUCUUUCUUGGGAAGUUAUGGAAAGCUAAAUUCAUAUACCGAAGCUAUGCGCGAGUUUGGCAUACAGGAUACACUAGAAGCUUCGAGAACCCCCUCAAUUUGCUCAAGUAACUCCUCAUCGCUCGAAAGCAAGCAUUCCGGAUGCGGGUUGUCCUUUUCUGAUUUUUUCCCCCACAUCAAUAUUCUUCCAAAUGAUUUACUUUUAGGUUUAGAACAUGCUCAUGGUAUACACUCUCAGCAACAUCAGUCACUCAUCAAUAACUUGAGCCCGUCAUCAUCCAACAAGUUCAAAAUGCGAGCCAUUUUCUCCUCUGCGUUAUGCUGUAACUGGUUAGUCGAAUCUUGUACGAUAGCAUCCAAUGACGAAGCUGAAAAUCUCAUGACAGAAUUCUUAAAGCUCGGGUGGAUCACGUUUUUUGAUAACAAGUAUGGUCACCUUCAAGAGAUUGAAUCUUCAAAAUCCAUCAUUUUGAAGCUUACAAAAUCAGGAAUGAAAGCUGUCAUUGAGGUAUCCUUAAACCAGUACAAUAUCAUGAAAGCUUCUAUGAAAGCCCCGGGUCUUUCUUGUCGAUCAUCAUCCAUCUCCUCUUCUUGUGACACAAGCUUACCUUCUAGCUUGGCGUUUACUGAUGAUCAGGAGACUAGCAUCAGUCCAGUAUCUCCUCGUUUAAACACAUCCGUGACGGACUACUUCUCGACGCAGUCUUUCAGAAAGUCCUUGCCAGAAAUAUCAACACCUCCUCUAACGCCAACUACGCCUACAUUUGAACCAAAAGAGAGUACCUCAGCCAAACUCAGGUCUGUUUUAAACGAUCCUCACCUCAGAUCACUCUUCCGCGACUUUUUGGGACACAAUUUCUGUGAAGAAAACCUGAAUUUUUGGAUCGACUAUGACAGCUUAUGUCGACGCUGUAGUAAUCCUGCUCUGAUGUCGUCGUCAGAUCAGCGCCAGCUUUUGGAGGACGCAUACUUACUAUGGGAAACAUAUUUAGGACCAGAUGCAAGCUGUGAACUGAACAUUGAGCACAACUUAAGGGAGGAAAUGGCAGAAGAAAUUUCACACAUGGUCACUGUUGUCCAUACUCCGGGAAAACUCAAUCCAACGGUUGUUAUUUCAGCUUUUUCGGCGUAUCAAAGCUUACUAACUAUCCUCAGAUGGUUUGAUAAAGUUAACGAUCAUGUAUUCAAGCUGAUGGCCACGGAUUCGAUACCAAAAUUCAUAAAAUCAUCACAGUAUAAACUAUAUAUUCCAGAUAACCAAGCAGCGCCUGUUUCAGUUGAACUGAAUGAGUUUCCACCACCUCCUUCAAGACAAGACACCAAACAAAAUAGUGUAGAAAUCCCAUGUUUCUCGCUAUAAUUAUAAUCAACACUUACUUUUUUACACAUUAUAAUUUUACACUGUAUGAUAUUAAUAAACAAUACUUCACACUGCCA